AUGGUUAGAUUCGUCAGAUGCGUAACUCCAAAGAAUUCUAUAACAACCGUAUCUUUCAAAUCCGUGCUUACUUCCGUGGAAACUCUAAAUCAAACAUGUAGUAGUAUACAAAGUCCCAAUGGUCGUUUCCAGUUAAAUCUUGAGGCUUCUGGCAAUCUUCGUUUGUCUGAGAUUAUCUAUUUACCCUCUGUGGGGAAGACAUUUGGACGACCAAUCUGGUGGACCAACACUGGUGAUUCAUGGCCAGGACGACAUACUGUUGACCUGACGAAUGAAGGAGAACUGAGAGUGCGUGUGUCCACAGCUGCAUGGAAAUGGGUAGAAAAAAAUAUCUGGUGGAGUGGCAUGAUACGUGGCUGUCGGAAAGAUGCUAGUGGUGGAGUGAAGCAAUUAGUAUUGGAAGACAACGGAAGUUUAAAAAUAUUCACUUCUGAGAAACAACUGCUCUGUCAGAUCGUCGAACCUGUUGUUUGGACUGAGCAAGAAUUUACAGAAGCCCGCUUUCGUUCAAAUUCUUCCUCAACUAUCGGUGCUGUAACAUCAUCGGCGAAUGGAAGUAUGCAGCAUUCUUCCACAAUCACUGAAACAUCUAGAAUGAUCUCCGCAAGCUCUGUGGUGUCUGUUCCUAAGAAACAUUCUAAAGUAGAGGAAUUCGAUGUGCCAAGAGGCCGAUUAGCUGUGGUUAUUGUCGGUUUGUACAGAACCAACCUAAGAACGUGCAACAAGCAUAUUCGGAAAGUGAUACAGAAGUGGCGAGGUACUGAAGCUGAUGUCUUCAUCUACACUUAUUGGCAAGAUGCCGAACUGCCUCAGAAUAUUAUUCCCUCGGCUGAGAGCGUUGGCUACCAGUUAAAAGAAUGUUACGGAAAUUUCCUAAAGAGCUAUAAGGUGAAUGAUUUGACUCAAGUUGCAGAAACCUUUCCAAUCGCAGGUGGGCCAUCCACAGUCAGGCAGUGUGGUGGAAAGUUAAAUCAACUUCAAUCCCAAUUAAAAACUUUGUAUCUUGCUGGUCAACUUGUUCGGGAUUAUCAGCUAGCUACUGGAGUUCGUUAUGAUCACAUCAUCCGAUUUCGACCAGAUACGGAAAUAUGGGGUAAUGUUCCUGAUCUCCCUCGCAUGGAUCUCACCGGUCUACAUGGUUUUGGAAGAAUCUAUCUGAUACAUCCGGGACGAGAGCAUUACUUCUUUUGUGGUCACCACGACGGUCGAUGGAGAACUGGUCCAAGUGACCAGGCGGCCUACGGUCGAGCUUCAGAUAUGUUCACCUAUUUCGACAUGUACCUUCACUUUUCCGACAUGAUAAAGUCUGCGAUAGGCGUCGGUAGCCUGAAUGUUAAAGCGAAGAUGGACUGGAGUGAGAUGGCAGGCGAUCUGUGCGCUAUUGAAUGUUUAGUUGGUUAUUGGAUGAUUCUAAGAGGAAUAGAAUUUGAGGUAUGGUGGGAAUGGCAGCAGAAUAUCGUUAGACGAGGCGGAGGGCUCGCUAAGGAUUGUCCUCAAGGGUUCGAUUGUUGA